AUGUCGCUAUCACCAAGCAACGGCGAGCCGUCGUCGUCACGCCACUCGGCCGAACUCACCAUGGGCGUGCCCAACAAGAAGGGCAAGCUGUCGGCGCACGAGAGGCAAGCGCAAGCGCUGUCCAAGCUGCUGGCGAACCCAGACAAGGAGAUCCACAUCCCGAGCGGACCCAAGGAAAAGACAAUACGAGCGCCUCGCGACGUGAUGAAGAACGUCACCGGAUCGAGUGCAGGAGCCGGUUCGGGCGAGUUCCACGUCUACAAGCAGCAGCGCCGACGCGAGUUUGAGCGCAUCCAAAUCAUGGAGGAGCAGAAUCAAAAGGUGGGUGCCGAAGCUCUUCUGACAGAGCAGCAAGAGUUUGAUCAGAAGCGCGCCGAGACGCAGCGCAAGGACGAAGCCAAGACCGACAAGAACCGGGCCAAGCGCGAAAAGAAGAAGCUCGCGGCUCUCAAGGCGCAGGCUGCGGCCAAGGGCAAGCCCUCAUCAGCAACGCUUGGAACGGCUGAGCCACAAGCAAAGAAGCAGCGUCUGCACAACGACGACGUCGAGCGCAUCCAAUUCAAACAACGCCCAGACUCGGACGACGACGACAGCAACCACAGCGGCUCUUGA